AUGACGACCCUUCAAAAGAUCAAAGAAAUUGAAGAUGAGAUGGCCAAGACCCAAAAGAAUAAGGCCACGAGCUACCAUCUGGGCCAGCUCAAGGCCAAGCUCGCGAAACUCCGGCGCGAGCUGAUCGCUGGGCCUAGCGCUGGCGGAGGGGGUGGAGGAGGCGUCGGCUUCGACGUCGCGCGAACAGGCAUAGCGUCGGUCGGAUUCGUUGGGUUUCCGUCUGUCGGAAAGUCGACGCUCAUGUCGAAGCUUACGGGCACCCACUCUGAAGUAUCGGAAAUCGAAUUCACGACUUUGACGACCGUCCCAGGAACCGUCAAGGUUCACGGGGCUCCUAUACAGAUCCUGGACUUGCCUGGUAUCAUUGAAGGCGCUCAAGAUGGUCGGGGUCGAGGUCGUCAAGUCAUCGCCGUCGCCCGAACAUGUAACCUCAUCUUCAUCGUGCUCGAUGUCCUGAAGCCCCUCGGAGACAAGAAAAUCAUUGAGUCUGAACUGGAAGGUUUUGGCAUUCGCCUGAACAAGAAGCCGCCGAAUAUCACAGUGAGGAAAAAGGACAAAGGCGGCAUUGCCAUCACCAAUACCGUCCCACUCACGAACAUUGACCAUGAUGAGAUUAAAGCUGUUCUCAGCGAGUACAAGCUGAGCAAUUGCGAUGUCGCGAUUCGCGAGCCGAACGCUACAUCAGACGAUCUGGUGGAUGUCAUCGAAGGCAACCGAGUAUACAUCCCCGCGAUAUACGUUCUCAACAAGAUUGACGCAAUUUCGAUCGAAGAGCUCGACUUAUUGUACAAAAUACCGUAUAGCGUGCCCAUAUCAUCCAAGGACUGGCUUAACGUCGACGAACUCAUCGAUGUCAUGUGGAAAACCCUCAACCUUGUCCGCGUCUACACCAAGCCCAGGGGUUUGCCGCCGGACUACUCCACCCCCGUUGUUCUACGGCAAGGCAAAUGUUCCAUUGAAGACUUCUGCAAUUCGAUUCACAAGGAGAUUGCGAAGCAGUUGAAGUAUGCGGUUGUCUGGGGGGCAAGCGCUAAGCAUGCCCGAGGGCAGAAAGUCGGACUGGAACAUAUCUUGGCGGAUGAAGAUGUGGUACACAUCGUCAAGAAGUAG